AUGGAUGCUAAUCUGUCAGCAAUGAUUUUAGAGAUGAUUUUGAACUUGAAGUUGGAUAGUGCAAAGUUAAAAAUGACUCUAUGUCUCAGUGUGAUUUCUGACAUCGUUCCUCCAAAACUGAACUGGCAGAUUAAAGUUCGUAUACCAAGUUUGUGGAAAGUUCAUUCUUGGAAUGACCACAAUACUAUUACCAGUUUAGAAAUGAUUUUGAUUGAUGAAAAAAUGAACACUUAUUUAACUGAUAAUGGUUAUGAUAAGUCUGUGAUAGUCAUUUUACAGUUGUCAAUUCAUGGCAUAUCAAAUGCCUUUAAUGGUACAAGAAUCUUUAUUAAUAGCAAUCUAAAGGAAUCUCUUGAAUAUAAAGAGAAGUUGGAGAAUGGAAAUAAGUCAUCAAACCAAAUGAUUAGUUAUGUAUCUAGCCAAAGCAACAAUGUUUCAAUGGAUGAUUUUCUUAAACAUCCGAAAAUGACUAUUUUUGAAGUUCUUCAAUGUUCCAAGGUUUCUACUGUUGUUGUUCUUGCCAAAACAAUUGACUUCGACCACACAAAGAAAUGGUAUUAUCAAGCAUGUAACCAGAUGUUCAAGGAGUGUACGUACAAAAAGUGGAGAUUUAGAAUUAAGAUACAUGUUCAAGUUGCUGAUGUGAGUGGAUCUUCAACUUUUAUACUUUUUGACAGAGUGGCUACACAAGAAUUAGAAAACCCCAGUCUAAACCUGUUUGAGGAUAAUAAUGAUGUCACCUUAUGGCCUGCUGUUUUUAAUUCAUUGUUGGACAAGACUAUGCUAUUCAAGAUUCAUGUUUCCGAUGGUAAUAUUGAAAAAAAGUGGCAAAGCUAUACUGUGGUGAAAAUUACUACAGAUCAAAAUUUGAUUGAUCAAUUCAAAAUGAAACAUGACAUCCAUGACAUGAAUGAUAAUGAUGAAAUUGAUCAAGUUAGUAAUAACCAUACUGAAGUUGAAGACAACCUAUCCAAGGAAUCUGUUGCUGAAGAGUUUAAUCAAGCUUAUGACAAGGUAUCUAUCUAA